AUGCCCACUCGGGGGCCUCAGAAGAGGCUUCUGGGUUCUCUCAACUCCACCUCCACAGCCACCCCUCACCUUGGACUGGCCACAAACCAGACAGGGCCUUGGUGCCUUCAGGUGUCUAUCCCGGAUGGCCUCUUCCUCAGCCUGGGGCUGGUGAGUCUGGUGGAGAAUGUGCUGGUCGUGAUAGCCAUCACCAAAAACCGCAACCUGCACUCGCCCAUGUAUUGCUUCAUCUGCUGUCUGGCCCUGUCUGACCUGAUGGUGAGUAUAAGCUUGGUGCUAGAGACUACUAUCAUCCUGCUGCUGGAGGCAGGGGCCCUGGUGACCCGGGCUGCUUUGGUGCAACAGCUGGACAAUGUCAUUGACGUGCUCAUCUGUGGCUCCAUGGUGUCCAGUCUUUGCUUCCUUGGUGUCAUUGCCAUAGACCGCUACAUCUCCAUCUUCUAUGCACUACGUUAUCACAGCAUUGUGACACUGCCCCGGGCACGCCGGGCCAUCGUGGGCAUCUGGGUGGCCAGCAUCUUCUUCAGCACCCUCUUUAUCACCUACUACAAUCACACAGCCGUCCUAAUCUGCCUCGUCACUUUCUUUCUAGCCAUGCUGGCACUCAUGGCAGUUCUGUAUGUCCACAUGCUCACUCGAGCAUGCCAGCAUGCUCAGGGGAUUGCCCAGCUCCACAAGAGGCAGGGCUCCACCUGCCAAGGCUUCUGCCUUAAGGGCGCCGCCACCCUUACUAUCCUUCUGGGAAUUUUCUUCCUGUGCUGGGGCCCCUUCUUCCUGCAUCUCACACUCAUCGUCCUCUGCCCUCAGCACCCCACCUGCAGCUGCAUCUUUAAGAACUUCAACCUCUACCUCAUUCUCAUCAUCUUCAGCUCCAUCGUCGACCCCCUCAUCUAUGCUUUUCGGAGCCAGGAGCUCCGCAUGACACUCAGGGAGGUGCUGCUGUGCUCCUGGUCUGCACAGAAGUAUCAGGGAGGCUCCAGCUUUCCCAGCCUCGCCCACCCCAAGAGCCGAAGGCCCUCCGGCGGCCCCUCCUCCGAAGGCGCGGCCAGACAUGCUCCGCAUUCCCGCUGUCCGCCUGCUUCUCAACUCGAGCCGUUUGAAGUCAGCAUGAGGGAGAUCGUGCACAUCCAGGCCGGCCAGUGCGGCAACCAGAUAGGGGCCAAGUUCUGGGAGGUCAUCAGUGAUGAGCAUGGCAUAGACCCCAGUGGCAACUACGUGGGGGACUCAGACCUGCAGCUGGAGCGCAUCAGCGUGUACUACAAUGAGGCCUCCUCUCACAAGUAUGUGCCCAGAGCCAUUCUGGUGGACCUGGAACCUGGAACCAUGGAUAGUGUGCGGUCUGGGGCCUUUGGACACCUAUUUAGGCCUGACAACUUUAUCUUUGGUCAGAGUGGCGCCGGCAACAACUGGGCCAAAGGGCACUACACCGAGGGCGCGGAGCUGGUGGACUCCGUCCUGGAUGUGGUGAGGAAGGAGUGUGAGAACUGCGACUGUCUGCAGGGCUUCCAGCUGACACACUCACUGGGUGGGGGCACAGGCUCAGGCAUGGGGACCCUGCUCAUCAGCAAGGUGCGCGAGGAGUACCCUGACCGCAUCAUGAACACCUUCAGCGUGGUGCCCUCACCCAAAGUGUCGGACACUGUGGUGGAGCCCUACAAUGCCACCCUGUCCAUCCACCAGCUGGUGGAGAACACGGAUGAGACCUACUGUAUCGACAACGAGGCCCUCUAUGACAUCUGCUUCCGUACCCUCAAGUUGGCCACACCCACCUACGGGGACCUCAACCACCUUGUUUCUGCUACCAUGAGUGGAGUCACUACUUCCCUUCGAUUCCCUGGUCAACUCAAUGCUGACCUCCGCAAGCUAGCUGUCAACAUGGUGCCCUUCCCCCGCUUGCACUUCUUCAUGCCUGGCUUUGCCCCACUUACAGCCCGGGGCAGCCAGCAAUACCGGGCCCUGACGGUACCUGAGCUCACCCAGCAGAUGUUCGAUGCCAAGAAUAUGAUGGCUGCCUGCGACCCACGCCACGGCCGUUACCUGACAGUGGCCACUGUCUUCCGUGGGCGCAUGUCCAUGAAGGAGGUGGAUGAGCAGAUGCUGGCAAUCCAGAGUAAGAACAGUAGCUACUUCGUGGAGUGGAUCCCCAACAACGUCAAGGUAGCAGUGUGUGAUAUCCCACCCCGUGGGCUCAAGAUGUCAUCCACCUUCAUUGGCAACAGCACGGCCAUCCAGGAGCUGUUCAAACGCAUCUCAGAGCAGUUUACAGCCAUGUUCCGGCGCAAGGCCUUCCUUCACUGGUACACGGGUGAGGGCAUGGAUGAGAUGGAGUUCACUGAGGCCGAGAGCAACAUGAAUGACCUGGUAUCUGAGUACCAGCAGUACCAGGAUGCCACAGCUGAGGAAGAGGGUGAAAUGUAUGAAGAUGAUGAUGAGGAAUCUGAAGCCCAGGGGCCCAAGUAAAGUCGCUCACAGCUGGGGUGUGGGGCCAAGUGGCAGCCAGGGCCAAGACAAGCAGCACCUGUCCCCCAGAGCCAUCUAGCUACUGACACUGCCCCCAGCUUUGCUUCCCACCAGCUCCUUAGGGCACCCUAGGGCUCCCAGGUUAGAGUCCUUCAGUAUUUAUGGCCGUCCCCACCCCACAUGAGUCCACUUGGCUCUGUCCUUCCCAUUUAGGCCACCUCUGUAUUUAUGUUGCUCAUCUGUCUCUGUUUUAUUAUGGCUCCAGGCCUGAUGUUUUACGGUUUGGUUUGUUUUUUAC